AUGGAGGGGUUACUGGAAUUUCCCUUGCAGAUAUUGGGGGGAUUGUGGGAGAUGGUGAGGGAUACGCCGACGCAUGUAUUGGGGUUGGUAUUCAUUGGGCUGUUCGGUUUAGGAUUGGGUUGUAUAUACAUCCUCCUCCUCCUCGUCGCGCCCGUCCCCCGACCACCCUACCCAUCCGAAAAAACCUACACAACCACCACUCCCACCGGCACCACCGAAACCAAGCCCCUAACCUGCUGGUACGAUUCCUGGGUUGCGCAUCGCGAAGCCUCUGUUUCAAAAACUGGUUCACCCUCGCAAAAUCCCAUUCGCACCGGAGCCAUCGAACCCGCAACUCUCGAGAUGAGUCUCGUGGUACCGGCAUACAAUGAAGAAGAACGUCUAACGGGUAUGUUGGAAGAAGCGCUUUCGUUUCUCGAUACCACAUAUGGACGCAUAUCGAAAGGGAAAGGGACCGGAACGGGCUAUGAGAUAUUAUUGGUGAAUGAUGGGAGUAAGGAUCGCACGGUGGAGAUCGCGUUGGAGUUUUCGAGGAAGAAUGGGUUGCAUGAUGUUUUGAGGAUUGUGACGUUGGAAGAGAAUCGGGGGAAGGGGGGCGCGGUGACCCAUGGGAUGAGACAUGUGAGGGGAGAGUAUGCGGUGUUUGCGGAUGCGGAUGGGGCGAGUCGGUUUAAGGAUUUGGGGAAGUUGGUGGAGGGGGUCAAGGAGGUGGUGGAUGAGGAGGGGAGAGGAGUGGCGGUGGGGAGUAGAGCUUGGUUGGUGGGGAGUGAGGCGGUUGUCAAGCGCUCCGCCCUCCGCAACACCCUAAUGCACUCCUUCCACCUCCUCCUCCGUCUCCUCACUCCCCCCGCCACCUCCCGUAUCCGCGAUACCCAAUGCGGAUUCAAACUUUUUACUCGCGCUGCCCUUCCCCAUAUUAUUCCAUAUAUGCAUGCCGAAGGCUGGAUUUUCGAUGUCGAAAUGCUUAUGUUGGCUGAGAGUGCGCCGGGGGUAGAGGACGAGGGGGGGCUAGGGAAUGAAAAGGGAGGGAAGGGAAAAGGAAAAGGAAUCAAAGUUUCGGAACAACCGAUUGCAUGGCAGGAGGUUGGAGGUAGUAAAUUAAAUGUUAUGUGGGAUAGUUUGGGGAUGGCGUGGGGAUUGGCGGUUUUGAGGGGGGGGUGGGGGAUGGGGGUUUGGAGGAGGAGGUAG